AUGCCCUUUUGCCUAGAUGAUCACGGACGGGAACAGCUGGAAAGGGGUAAGGAGACUUUGGCGACCGCGAGAGACAUGCGCGCUAUACAUACUCUGACAGUCCGAGAAAUGCUCACGGUAUUACGGUCUGAGACCGUUGAUUACGAAGAGGUCCGUAAACGUGGACCAGCACUGGAGAGAUCUCUUACACCUGACGCCUGGCUAGAAGACGGAAUGAAAUUUGUCAGGCGUACUAUCCGUGAAUUGACUUUGAUCGCAUCGACGGAGAUUCAACCGGACCAGCAGUAUUCCUCAAAGCCCAGCUCGAACUCCAAGCCCACCAAAUUUCGCGCCUCGACCAAAUUUACAGGUGAUAGUCCUGUAUUCACUCUGAUUUAUCCUUCGGACACAGUCGACAGCGGUGCAAUGUCCCCACAAGAUGUAGAACUCUGUGCGAGUAUAGCCCCUUGGAAGAACGCACAUCUUGAGAAACAAAUGGAAAGAUUCUUGAAAGAAAUACUUUUUCCGCUUUCGUUUCCGUACGGUUACGAACGGCGAUUGGCGGCAUCAGCCAAGACAGCGAACAUGGUACACGAUGAACCAAAAUUACAUACACCCCGGGGUCGAAAUAGGACCAAAGAGAUUAAGAAGGGGGAAAGAGAGGCGGUAAACUCACUCAAGAAGAUGCAUAUGUGA